AUGGACGAUUCAGCCGGGGCAUCAGAGGGCGACUCGUCGGAAGCGCUGCGUGAAGCCGAUCUACCCACAGUUAUUGAAAUUGUAUCCACCGGGGAUUUGGUCUUGGACGUGACCUUUGAGAACUCCAAGGCGACGCUGAAAUCCGCCCGGAAGGCAGUCCCCAGAAUAGUCGUCGCCCCUGCAGCAAUGACUCGCCUGGGCUUUCGUGUCGAUGUGGCAACACUGAAACGGCAGUCCAAGUAUUUUGAGAAGCUUUUGACCGAUACUCGGUUCAGAGAGGCCAAGGCCAUCACCGCGGCCCUCGCUGCCCUGUCCUUGAGGAACGUGAAGCCCGCCGUCGCAGAGUUCAAGGAUCUUCCGUGGAUUCAGAUCACCGAUGAUGAUGAGGCGACUCUGUACGCUCAUCGCGACGCUGCCUUCGCCGAUCUGCUAAGAAUCCUCCACGGCAAGGCGGCAACGACAUCGCCCGUCACCAUGCAGUUCGUUGCCACCUUGGCAGUGCUUGCGGAUCGCUUUGACUGUGCCGCUUCCAUCUCCAGGUUCAUGUCCUCUGGCUUGAAGUUCAAGUGGCCCAUCACACAACGCAAACCACUUCCCGGCGAGGAUGCAAGCAUGAGUCGUAACACUGAGAAUGUGCUGCGGCAGAAAAUUCUUGUCGCCUGGCUUUUGAACCAGCCGGUCAAGUUCGCGGCCGCAACCCGCGAGCUGAUCAUGAACGGAUCCUGCAAAUGGACUUCCUUUCCUGAAAGCGAUGGGCAGGACGAGCCAACUUGGUGGUAUCUGCAAGAUGGUCUUGAGGAAGAGCUCCAGCACCGCCGGGAGUGUAUCCUCAACACCAUCGCUUCGGUGCAGCGGCAUUUCCUCAAGCUGUACACAUCUCGAACACGACAGUGCAAACUGGGAUACGACUCAAGUGCGGCAUGUGACUCUUACCAGCUCGGUGAGAUGCUGAAAUUUCUGACUAACAAGAACCUCAUGUUUCUUGUCGAUUUUUCCCCCGCCUCCCUAGACUCCAUCGCGGACACGUCGCUUCUACAGAUAGAUCCAGUCUUGGCAACCCUGAGGCAAUGUCCGAGUUACCAGAUAGACAAGAACCAUACCAACUGUGGUCUGAGGACGAGGAUCCUCUCUAUUGUGGAUUUUCUGCAGGCCUUGCUCUCUGCGAACUCCAUACCCAUUGCCCGUAUGCAGUGGAAGACCAGCAGGCACACAGCAACUUGGAUACCAACCGACAACGAGAAGGACAAGGAGGGCGUCCCAAAGCUGUUUCGUUUUACCAGAGCUGUUGCCGGGGACCAGAGACUGCGGUUUGAACACGCUAUUGGUGCGGAUAAGUUCGCUAGGGAUGUGUUUACGGCGCCGGAUUGGAACUGGACUGCGGAAGAGUAG